AUGCGCAAAGCUCUCGCGCCCGUUCUUGCCUUCGCGGCCUCCGCUAGCGCCCUCGUCGUUCCCCGCGAUGGCGUCGCUGGUGCCAACGUCGUCCCCGGCGCUGGUGUCACUACUACCCUCUCUGCCAUGCCGGUCUCCACUGCCAUCUCUCGCGCCUUCACCUUCACUGCCUCCAACGGCUCUGAUGUGACCUUCAACAUUGGCGCCGGCUUCGGCAUCGUCGGCGAGGACCUCAACAACGCGCCUCCCAAGGUCGCCAAGCACGUCAAGAUCGAGGGCGUCAAUGGUUACGCCGAGCUUUGCAAGGUCGUCGCCACCCAGCAGGAGGGCUCCGGCAAGCCUCUUCGCGAUGAUUGCCAGGCUCUUCACGACUACAUCAAGAACCGCAACGUCGUCGUCUACUUCGAGGAUGGCGACGCCGACACCGCUCGUUGGGCUGAGAUCUUCUGGGUUGGAACCUGUGCUUUCCGCGCCAAGACCUUCGACCGCGACCUCGUCUUCAGCAACGCCGACGUCGCCAACUUCCUCGACAGAACCCUCAGCCGCAAGGCCUGGACCGUCAAUGGUCGCAUCUCUGCCUCUGGUGAAGCCGACUGCGCCGUCGUCGAAGGCAGCGUCGGCAAGGCCCCCAUGUACUGGCGCCUCCAAGAGCGCGCUGCCUCUGCCGCCCUCGCUGUCCGUGCCGAUGAGCCCGUCGCUCCUUCCACCGUCGAGGCUCGCGACGCUGAACCCGUUGCUCCUCUUGUCGUCGAUUCCCUCGAGAUGAUCCCCAAGAACACCUCCGCCUACGUUCUCCACAGCCAUGCUCAAGUUGCCUCUGUCGACAACUCUACCGACUUGAGUGCCAUCAUCAACGAUACUGUCUCCAAGCACUUCCUCAUCCACACCGACUGGAACAUCAAGGGCCCCAACUGCAAGCCCACCUGGCUGUCUUCCACCUGGGACGACACCCCCAUUCCCCGCCGAUCCGACUGCGAGCAGCUUCUCAACUUCGUCGCCAAGAGCAACGCCCUCAUCGAGUUUAAGGAACGCGAUCUCAACUACUGGGCCAAGUUCGCCGCCCACGGCACUUGCGGCAUCAUGUUCCAGACUACCAAGCCCAAGAUGAUCGUCAACAACUACGACAUGACCAGAUUUGUCGACAAUGCUGUCCGUUGGGAGAACUGCCAGACCGCUAACGGCGGUACCAAGGCCCGGAUGGGCGUCAAGUGCUGGAUCGAUGGCGACGACAGUGGUGAGCAGUUCGAUGGCGAAUUCCGCCUCUUCUGGCGCAACCCCAACCUCCCCAUCGGAGAGUUGGAUAUCUGA